AUGACAAUGCGUUCACUGACACCUGUUCAACUGGACCUGGUCCUGGUCUCAUCCAGGUCUCAGCUGUGGACGGGAAGUAGGACAGAGUCUCAUUUCCUCUUCUGGCCGCAGUGUCUCCUCCUGACCGCCAGGGGGCGAAGGAGCGGCGCGCGCGCGCACACCACAGGCUGUGUGUUUACUUCCGGAUUAGCUUUGACUUUUAGCGUUAGCAAACGAGGAUGGUCAAACAGCGGAGGACGGACAGGCGGGUCACGUGACUGUGGCGUGUGCAGGUCUUUUGGCGUGACCGCGGUUCGAUUCCCCGUUCAGAGGAAGACGCCUCCCACACCACAGGUGGCAGGGAGGAAGUGGGCGGGGCCAGGGACAGGAAGUGUCGACAGUCAGCCACACUGCAGCUCCACCACCAAUGAAGAAGAAGAAGAACGUCAGAGGACAGAGGGCGGUCCGGAGCCGGGGGGUUCGGACAGAGGUCCAGAGGGGUCGAAGGUGAAGAGGCGGAGACUGGACGGGACCGAUGAGGCGUUGACUAAUAGACGGAGAGUCCCGGGGUCAUGUGGUCUGUCAGGGGACGAGGGUGAGUCUGAGAGUGGUCGCCAUGGCAACGGUUCAGACCAGCAGGAGGCGGAGGAGGAGGGUGGCGAGGACAGCCGGGCCGCCGAGCUGCAGACCGUGGGGUCGCUGAAGGUCACCAUCCAGCGAAGCAGUGAGAGCAGAGAGUUCAGGUCGACGGAGCGUCCGAGCGCCGGCCUUCACUGUCACGUCUGUCGGAUCACCUGUCGCUCCCUGCAGGUGUUUCGGGACCACAUGUCUGGAGCGGAUCACCUGAGGAGGCUGGAGCAGAUCACACGGUCCGUCAGCCUCGACACUCAGACCCAGGACAGGGGGCGUCGGCCCGACCCGCAGCGCUGGUGUGACGCCUGUCAGACGCACUUCAGCGGCGACGUCAUCCUGCAUCGACGCACGAAGCAGCACAAGGUGUGUAAACAGGUUUCCCGUCCGUUCUGUCCCGUCUGUAAACGCCACUUCAGGACGCCGCGCAAGUUUGUGGAACACAUGAAGUCACCUGAACACAAGCAGCAGGUGCUGCUGGAGGAGGCGCAGGAGGAGGAGCUUAUCACCGUGGACGCUGUUGGCUGCUUCGAGGGCGAAGAGGACAAAGUGGAGGAGGUGGAGGUCGACGAAGAUGAAGAGAAUGGAGAAGAUGAAGAAGCAGCCGAACCGGAAAGGUCAAAGAUCGCUGAUGCUGAAGAAACGCAGACAGAGGACUAUGACCCCAACACCACAUAUGGAGCUGGGUUUGUGGUUCCAGUGUCUGGGUUCAUGUGUCGACUGUGCAACAAGUUCUACCACCGAGAAACAACGGCCCGACACACACACUGUAGGACACACACACACUACACCAACCUACAGAUUCACAGACUGAGGAGGAAACACUGUGGAGGAGGAGGAGCAGGAGGAGGAGGAGGAGGAGGAGGAGGAGGAGCGGAUCAGAACACACCUGCUCUGAGCUGACACUGUAGAACAGACUGAAAUAAACCCAGAACCAGGUCCAGGACCGUCCUCCUGUUUCCACCCUUUAAACCUGCAGAUGCAGAACCGUGCCUUUGCUCUGACCUCUGGUGUCUGUUGGAUGAACUGCAGCUGCUGUGGUCCACACCAGAGCCAUGGAACCAGAGUUAUGACACACUGUGAUGUGUCUGCUCCGGUGGUCACAUGGUUCAUGUCAGCCUGAAUAGAUCCUAAUGAACUAAGUGCUCCAAACAGCAGUGAGUGUGUUAUUGACGCUAAAUCUAACAUAAGCCCCACCCACCUGUUGUGUCCCUACUGUGUGUACUGUUGUGUGUGUUCUACUGUGUGUACUGUUGUGUGUGUUCUACUGUGUGUACUGUUGUGUGUGUUCUACAUUUGAGUAGUAGGCGUGGCCACUGAAAGGACUGACUUUAUUACUGUGAAAAUGCACAUUUAGGGCUAAAGGUUGGUGUUAGCUUGGAUAGGCUACUUCCUUUAGUGGUGCUAACUUUACCAGUUCAUUCAUUCUGUCAUUGGACUGGACUGGUACGGAGAUAAACAAUGGACCAUUUGAGUUCUCCUAUUGGACGACUGUGGUUCAAUCAGAAAACAGUAUUUACCUGUGAACACUGUGUGUCUGCCAAGCUCUGCUCUGAGAACACACACAAUAAGGCAUUAACCACACGAUAGCAUACAGGCUAACUUAGCAUGUUAGCGUUAGCACGGCUCAUAAACUCAGUGAGUCGGAUCUUCCAAACGCAGUGACAGAAGUUUGUCCUCCUUUAUCUCAUGAAUUAGAACUGGAAUGAACUUUUACUGCUCAGAGCUCAGAUCGACAGUAACUGUCCUCCUGAUGGUCACAUGACCUCAGCUGACAAACUGAACCAACACCAGCAGGUUCAACAGAACAACUCCAAUCCAACCCACAGAACCACAUUUGGACGAACGGUCCCUUCCCUUCGAACCUCCAUCAUUGUAGUUGUAGUGGUUCCAUGUGAACCUCCAUCAUUGUAGUUCUAGUAGUUCCAUGUGAACCUCCAUCAUUGUAGUUCUAGUGGUUCCAUAUGGACUCCAGCUGAAAACCCAACAGAACAGUUGGAUCAGAUAGAACUGGAUCCAAACACCAACACAGACCAAAGAAAACAGAAUUUACAUCAGAAAGGUCACUAAUACAGGAAAUAGACUGGACCAGUGGAAAGAUGACCGUACCUGAUCACCUUAGAGCUGGAGUUGGUAGAUCAGCACAAAUACAAAUGAAUGUGUUCAGACGGUGGAACACUGAAUGGAGGAACUAUUGGCCCCGCCUCCAAAACCAGGAAGGAGGUACAUAUUUCACUGACAACAGGAGUCUGUGGAAGUGUCACAACUCUGAUUUACAGGUUCAGGGUGGAGGUCAGAGGUCAUGUGGUCUACAGGUUCAGGGUGGAGGUCAGAGGUCAUGUGGUCUACAGGUUCAGGGUGGAGGUCAGAGGUCAUGUGGUCUACUGGUUCAGGGUGGAGGUCAGAGGUCAUGUGGUCUACAGGUUCAGGGUGGAGGUCAGAGGUCAAACAAACAUCUGAUGGUUGAUCUUGAACCAGAUGAAGGCUUACCACCAACAUUUGUCCAAACCUGUCUGAAGAUCUGCUGUUGGAGCUAAGCUAAUACAGUAUUAGCUUAGCUGUGUGGGCUAAUACUGUAUUGUAAUCCUGUUUUUAAAUCCUCUAUUAAAACCUGUUCCUUCUCUUUGGC